AUCCAUCCACCUUCUGAUUGAAGCAGUAAGGGCGGCGGUAUUAGGGGGUAUAAAUGUGUGUGUGUGUGUGUGUGCGAGUGUGUGUGCGUCUGAAGGGUUUCGGAUUGGAGAUGCAUAAAGAAAGGGCAGUUUCGAGGAAGUGACGGACGACGCUCAGUGGUCUGGUCAGAGGAAGUUUGUUCGAUGCUUGUGCCGUGCUGUUGAAGGAAACUUUUCACUCCCGUGAGCGCCAGAAGCACCCGUGGAUCGGGACGGACGGAUCCAGCGCGGCGGAGGGAGCUUUUGUUUCCUCUCCACACUUAGCAGCACUGAGGAAUAACUUGAGGUCGGGAGAAAGAGGGGCUCGCACAGGAAUUUCACUCCCAUAACCAACCCCCCUCCCCUUUUUCCUUCUCUUCCCCGCGCCUCCUUUGAUUUCUUUCUGGGAUCCGCGAUGGGAAAGGAGCAGGAGCUUCUUGAAGCGGCGCGCACGGGAAACCUGGCUGCUGUGGAGAAGCUUUUAUCCGGGAAGCGACAGUCCGCUGGCGGAUCGUCUGGGACCGGUGGAAGCGGCAACAGCGGUGGCCACGGCGCCUCCUCUCAUCCGCUCUCCAGUCUGCUCAGUAUCUGGAGAGGCCCCAAUGUGAAUUGCGUGGACAGCACUGGAUACACCCCUCUUCACCACGCCGCCCUUAAUGGACACAGCGAGGUGGUGGAGGUGCUGCUAAGAAACGAGGCUCUGACUAACAUCGCAGACAACAAGGGCUGCUAUCCUCUCCAUCUGGCUGCGUGGAAGGGAGAUGAGCAUAUCGUAAAACUUCUCAUUCACCAAGGACCUUCACACCCCAAACUCAACGAGCAGAGCUCUGUAGACCAUAAAGAGUUCAAACGCUGUGGGCCCUUUGACCCCUAUAUUAAUGCCAAGAACAAUGACAACGAGACACCGCUGCACUGUGCUGCCCAGUACGGCCAUUCUCAGGUGGUGCGGCUGCUGCUGGAGGAACUCACUGAUCCCACCAUGAGGAAUAACAAGUUUGAGACUCCGCUGGACCUGGCGGCACUGUACGGCCGCCUGGAGGUUGUCAAACUGCUGCUCAGUGCCCAUCCUAAUCUGCUCAGCUGCAACACCAAGAAACACACACCACUACACCUGGCCUCUCGCAACGGACACUUACCCGUAGUGGAGGUGUUACUAGAUGCUGGAAUGGACAUUAACUAUGAGACAGAGAAAGGCAGUGCCCUCCAUGAAGCAGCUCUGUUUGGGAAGACUGAUGUGGUGCAGAAGCUUCUCUGUGCAGGUAUCGACGUGAACAUCGUCGACCAGAAGGGCCUGACAGCGCUGGACAUUGUCAAGGACAUGCCCUCUCAGAAAAGCAAACAGAUAGCUGCCCUGAUCCUUGGUCAUAUGACUGGAAAACCCCCUGAUAUUGACCUUCCCCCUCCACCAGUGCCUCCACCUCAGGAGAGCCCCAGCCCACGGAAAAAGGGUGACCUGGAGAAAGUCACUGAGCUAAUCUCGGGGCUGGCCCUGGGGCCCGAGGAGGAGAGCCCAUAUGAAGCUCUGUUUGAGGCCACUUCUUGCCACUCUUUAGACAGCCUCACCAGUGGGAAGUCCUCUGACAGAGACUCGGGAAGGCCUGACAGUGAAGCUGGAAAGAAAGAUCGCCUGGUUCUCUCGUCACAUCCUGGCCCUGGUAAUGAAGAGGAGGUGAGCUCAGAGGCCCUGUAUACGAGCAGCAGCGCUGAUGAGAAAAGGGAGCCAGUGGAGGAGGAGGACCACACAUAUGAGUUGUUGCUGACUGCAGAGACAAAAAUCCCACCACCACCUAGCCAUGAGCCCCACUCAUAUAAAGAUGACAGUACCACUAUACAGUCUUCCAACAGUGUCCUACCUCAGCAUAAACCCUCUGCCCCAAACGACCUCAGAGCCCCAAGUAAGACGAAAGACACCUUGCACCCUCCAGGAAGAGUGGGCCCAGGGGCGCCGGGAGAUAACUCUCAGCUCAGCCAGGACCAGGAAGCAGGUGUUCCAGAGCAGUUCACAGGCCUCCUACACGGAUCUUCUCCUGUCUUUGAGAGCCGUGAGGAGUCCUUCCGGCUUCCAGGUGUUCUGCCACCCAACCAAGACCAGCCAGAAACAAAAAAGAGGGCCAAAGCUAAAGAGGGAGUAACGGCAGCUGCUCCGCCACCUAGCCGUCCUAGCAUGGCCGCCAUCCUGACAGACUGUGAUCCAAAAGCGAUUUAUGCUACUGUGAACAAGGAGCCCAGGGACUCUGUGGCUGGUGCUGUAUCUGCUGUCAAGAUGCGCCCUCCUGGGGACCUGAAGCUGGCACGCAGCCUGUCCAAGUCUGACUCAGACUUGCUCGUGUCGCCUCCUAAUGAAGAGGAAGGAGGAUUGGGAAACCGUAGCGAGUCUGUUUCUAACUGUAGCACAGCUAAGAAGAGACUUGAGAAAUCUCCCUCUUUCACCUCAGAAUGGGAUGAGCAGACACCGGCGACUUCCGACACCCCAAAACAAAGAAGAUCUAAUUCCUCCGACAGCAUCGAGAAGAUGAUGACUAUGAUCGGUGCAGGCAUUGAUUUUUCCAGAGAUCAGCAAUACGCUACACCAGCAGGUGCUGCAGGCCGGCUGCUGGACCAGCCCGUGGGAGACUGGCUGGAACAUGUGGGUCUGCCGCAGUACGAGAGCAAACUACUCCUGAAUGGAUUCGAUGACCUUCACUACAUGGGGAGCAAUGUAAUGGAGGACCAGGACUUGAAAGAGAUUGGAAUCACAGAUCCGAGCCACAGAAAGAAGAUCCUGCACGCAGCACGUUCCUUUCCAAAGGUGAAAGCGCUGGGCUGUGACGGCAGCAACUCCCUGUCCUCCUGGCUGGAGAAUCUGGGCCUGCAUGAGUACUUGCAAAACUUCCUGUCCAGCGGCUACCGCACUCUGGACUGCGUCAGAAACCUGUGGGAGCUGGAGAUUGUCAAUGUGCUAAAAAUUAGCCUACUUGGUCACAGGAAACGCAUCAUUGCUUCCUUAGCGGAGAGGCCUUAUGAAGAGCCUCCUGUCAAACCUCCUCGUUUGUCUCAGAUCAGGUGCCAAGACCUGCCUGGAUCCCAGACUUCAUCUCCCAUGAGUCAGAUGGAGCCCUACACAGGACGCUCAAUGGACCCUCUGCUGCCUGCAGGCGAGCCAGGGAGGAAAAAAGCACAAGAAAAUGACUAUGACGUUACCCAAAGAUGUCGCAGCGAACGACACAGGCCUCCUGAGCGACAUGAAGACUGGCAACGAGAGCCCCGCCUGACCUUGCGGCCACCUAGUCUAGCAGCACCGUACGCCCCGGUUCAGAACUGGCAUCACCAACCGGAGAAACUCAUCUUUGAAUCCUGCGCUUAUGAAGCUAAUUAUCUUGGUUCCAUGCUUAUUAAGGAACUAAGGGGUACGGAGUCCACGCAGGAUGCUUGUGCCAAAAUGCGGAGGUCAACAGAGCAAAUGAGAAAAGUACCAACUAUCGUCCUUUCAAUCACAUACAAGGGUGUGAAGUUUAUCGACGCAGCCAACAAGAACAUCAUUGCAGAGCACGAGAUCCGUAACAUUUCUUGUGCAGCCCAGGACCCAGAGGACUUGUGCACAUUUGCCUACAUCACUAAGGACCUGCAGACCAGCCACCAUUACUGCCAUGUCUUCAGCACAGUAGAUGUGAACCUGACCUAUGAGAUUAUACUGACACUGGGCCAGGCGUUUGAGGUAGCAUAUCAGCUGGCUCUGCAGGCCCAGAGGACCAAACCGCACCAGAGCGUCCCAGCUGGAUCUGGAUCAGAGGUCAUUGAGACCAAGUCCAGCAAACCUGUGCCCAAACCACGAGGCAGCAUACGCAAAACAGCGGACUCUCCUCCUCCUCUCGACAGUCGUUGCUGUUACUGUUACACCUGCACCACCCACCGUCCCUCCUUCCUACCGCUGCACUCUGCCAGCCCUGCUGCCCAGGGGGACAUUGUGGACCAGGAAGGCGAUUCUCAGUCCCAGGGUAGUGCCACGUGGCUCAUGGACCCCAAGGAAUCCAAGCGCACUAUCAGCACUAAGCGACGGCCGCUCUGAGGCUUUUCACUCUGACGUUCCAACUCCUGACUUCACCGAGUGCUGAGAAAUCUGAUUUUUACCACAGCCAAGAGUGACCCACUGCACACAUCCUGUACCUGGAUGGACAUGUUUCCUGAGUAAACUGUGAAACUGAUCCUGUAAUUCUAUGCAUCAGUCGGACUGUAGCAUGUUUAUGUUCGCAGGGAUGCAGGUGUUAUUGAGGUUAAAUAAGAUCAAUUAAGGGCAAGGCUUUUUUUUUUUCUUCUUCUUCUUACGGUCAGCUGCCUGCUUAAAGCCAAAAGAGGCCAAGAUCCUAGCACUGUGAUAUGAUCCUUUUGAUGCUAAUGAAGUAAGCAUUUUGGGGUGGGGUUUCUAGAGAGGAUCAGAGGGACAGAAUAGGGCACAGAGGCAGACAUGGAUCUGCAUGUUAGUGGUCCUUGCUGCUCCAAACAGCUCAAACUAAUUCAAAAGUGGCAUGCCCUCAACUAUCAGUCAGGAUUUAAACUCAAUGCUUCGUCUGGAGUGAACUAACUACACCUAAGCACUUUCAUAAAAUCCCCAAGUUUGAAAGAAUAAGUGCAUUUUCCUCUGUCUGUCUCUUUUUCUCCUUUCACAACAAAUGCCUUCAGUGUUCAUCCUGUCAGCAUUGCCUUUUUUCCCCCCAGUCAUACCCGGUUAAUGUUUCACAGAUGCUUGGUGAAAAGAGUUAAUCAUUACGAAGGGCGUAAUCCAUCACUAUAGUGCUGUUUGUGUCCGUCGGUUUGACUUUAUUUUAACUCCACUGCUUUGUGUGCGUGUGUCUGUGUCCCUUCCCUGUAGCUGACACUGUGGCCAAUCCCAGACAGUGAGAAAAGGACAGGAAUGAGCCCUGUUGAGUGGUGGGUAGGAUGUUUUGCUGGAUCAUUGCCCCACUUCUCACCGAGCAGAUCACAUCAGCAGUCGGAUUGUGCCCGCAGUUACACACGGGCCUGGAGAAUAAGACGGAUGUAAACCUUUCGGCAACGCAACACGCUCCCCCGGUUCAUCAGACUUCUCCAACUUCAUCACCCCGCACGCACACACACACGCACCCGCCUCCAUUUAACUUCUCGACGCUUAGAAAGUGAUGGUUGUUCCGUGCGACAUUAGAGACGGAUGUAUUUGUUAUGUUGUGUGCAUUUCCCCCGAAAUGAAUCAUCACGUCCCUCACU